CUGGACCCCACAACCCUCCUGGGACUACUCUGAAAGGCGGGAAGAAGAGUCACAUAUGUCACACAUUCAUUCCUGUCUUUCUUUUCCUGUUCAUUUAUUUUCAUAUACACAGAGGGAGUGUGUGUUUCGGAAACAAUUAUUUGUUGUUUCUUGGGUAAUUAAUAGGAUUUCUUGAUUUUGAGUUUUUUUUGAAUCCCAUAAUUUCUGGGUUUUCAGUUUGUUGAUGAUUCUGUAUAUAAGGGGAGAGUUUUACUGGUGCGGCGAAAUGAUUCUUUGCGUUUUUCUUUCUAAGAUUUCUACUUGAAAUUUCAUCUUUUUUUCUCUAUUUUAUACCCAACUGGAAAACCCUUUUCUCUCAUCUGGGAUUUCCCUUCAAAAAAUCUUACCUCUCUCUUUUUUCCAAUCGGAAAAACUUGAACCUUUCUUAAAUCCUCUGAGGAGCUCAUUUUUUUGUUUUUUUUUUUCUGGGGUUUUCAUUGUUCAAUGGAGAGAAGAGGAAGAUACAUUCUCUUCUUGCUUUUCCUCUUCAUUCUCUGUUUUCCCCAUACUUAUGCCAACUGCCAUCAAAGGACUCUCCGGCAUCUUUCUGCGGACCCGCCAUUGCCGCCGGCACGACUCAAGAAUGUUUUGCAAAGGGUAAUCAUUAGUGUGGUUUUAGGGGUUUUAACUGGGUUAGUUGGAGCUUUUCUCUUCGGAUUCCUAGUCCGUUGCCUUAUUGGGUACAUGAACAGAACCCCAAUCCUCAAAGGUCCUGUCAUAUUUUCCCCAAAAAUCAGCCCUAAAACCCUCCAAUCAGCUCUCUCAACCCACAACCAGUUGCUACUAUCCAGCCCCAAUGGAAAAUACUACAGCGCAGUCGUUGACAAUGGAUUGGCGAUUGCAGUCAAGAAGCUGGAACCCUUUGACAUGGAGACACAGAGCAAGUCGGCCAAGAGACGGAUACAGCAGGAGCUGGAGGUUCUUGCAAGUUUGAAGCACAGAAAUGUGAUGAGCUUAAGGGCUUAUGUUCGGGAGCCUGACAGAUUAUGUCUUGUGUAUGAUUAUGUGAUUACAGGGAGUCUUGAAGAUACCAUGAAGAGGGUUAGAGAGACUGAGUUGCAUCUUGGCUGGGAAGUUAGGUUGAGGGUUGCUGUGGGGAUAAUAAAGGGUCUUCAUUAUCUUCACUUCUCUUGUGUUCCUCAGAUUCUUCACUGUAAUUUGAAGCCAACAAACGUGAUGUUGGAUUCAGAGUUUGAGCCUAGACUGACGGAUUGCUCUUUGGCUAAACUCAUGCCUAAUUUUGAUACACUAAACAGUGCUUACACUGCUCCUGAAUGUUUCCAGAAUCACAGGUACACGGAUAAAAGUGAUAUCUUCAGCUUUGGGAUGAUUUUGGGUGUUCUUUUGACUGGUAAAGAUCCAAAUGAUCCUUUCUUCGGGGAAACAGGUCAUGGUGGAAGCUUUGGAAGGUGGCUUAGACAUUUGCAACAAGCAGGAGACGCACGAGAAGCACUGGACAAAACCAUUGUUGGGGAAGAAGUGGAGGAAGACGAGAUGCUGAUGGCAGUCAGAAUUGCUGUUGUGUGCUUAUCAGAUUUGUCGGCCGAUAGACCUUCCAGCGAUGAGCUUGUACCAAUGUUAACACAGUUACACAGUUUUUGAUUGAGGUGUAAGUAAAAACAACUACAGAUUUUGGAAAAUUUCAUUUCUUUUUCUUCUCUCCUAACUGGGUUUGUGCUGGAAAUUCAAAAAGAAAAUAGUAAGGAGCUAUGAAUUAGGACUAGGUGUAUACGACUAAUGAAAUUAGUGAAAGACUCUGGUUGGUCAAGAGAAGAGGUGGACCAUUUGAUCUGAUUUCA